AUGAAAAAUCAGCCCACACCUGCAGGUAAAUUUAUAAAAAUUCCGGUCAGUUUUAACACGUUUGGAAUAAUAUUGCAUUGAGUGCACAAGCCACAUUUUUUAAGCAAUUCGCACGUAUUGGUAUAGGAGUUUUGAACUUUAUAGUGGAUAAAAUUUAGACUUUGUAAGACAGAGUUUGUUGAUAACGAGCAAUUAAAAAACCAUUAAGAUAAAGGAAACACUUAAAGGAUUACCGCAAUUUUGCGGGCAGUUGUCUGUGGCUGUAAAAGCUCGUUCGUCGCUCCUCAAAGGAGCUACCGUACCGAGAAGAAAGACAAAACCUCUUCCUGAAAAUCAAUCAUUUGAUAAAAUCUUUCACGGGAGAGACUUCAAAUAGAAGCGACACUGAUUAAAAAAUUACAUCUACAAAAAUCCUAACACAAGAGAAGAACAGAAAUCCCAUUAAUAGUAUCCUACAGAUCCCACCAGAAUAAAUCACGAAAAUUUCCUGAACCACUAAAGGUGGUAGCAACUAAGAUACACAGUGUCUUCUUGUUUCUAAUAUUGAAGUCAGUUUGGUUAGUCUCACAAUUCGGAAAAAAGUAAUUUUGUUUGUUUAUUUUUCCUCACCUCUGUGGAGUAACAAUUUUGAAACUGACACAGAUAAUGACAUGUUCUCUCUUAAGUUUGAGGAAAAACAGAAAAAAGAGCCAAAGGAAAAACGAGGAGGAUUGAUGGUGGCGUAAGAUGAAUUGCGGGCGAACUCAAACUUAAGCAAGAGACCAGAACACAUAUUAGAGAAACCAAAAUCUCUGGAUACAAAAUAUUCUCCUUCAUGUAUUUGCCAGGAAUCUGGUGAAAACAUAAUACUCAUUAAUAUGAAUUAUUUCACUUGUUGUAUAUCUUUGGCAAACAACUCUUAUUAUCGCUGCAAUGUUCAAAGUUAGGCCUGAUCAGCCCAAGUUAGACCUGAUCAGUAAAUUCGAAAUGGUAAAGAAAUAGGACUUAAGACAGCUAAGGUAACUCGGUAAGAAGUUAUGGUGAUCAGAGUGCUUCUAUGCAUGUGUACUUCUCUAUUUUGAUUGAUGAAUGAACUGGGCCUCUAUUCCUCAACUUCACCAAAAAAAAGGUCAUAAAAUGUUUCUGAGAAGCUUAUCAAAUAAAUCUCAGUUUCCGUAGAAUGAACAGAAUAGUCCAUGGCAAGUUAUCCCACAACAUUUCCUCAGGUUUCCCUCAGAGAUCGCCGGGACCAACUUACAGUCUUGGGUGGAGAAAGGCACUAACCGACAGGCUAUCGAGUCACUGACAAAGAGAUCCAGAUUUCUAGCUUAGUCCCCUUGGGUUUUCAAGGAAACAAGUUACUUUUUGGUGAACUGCUGAACACUUACAUCUCCUUUGUUUUUUUUUUCCUUUUAAAAGGACUUUCAAGAAAUUCGACAGACGAUGCCACUUCUGAAGGGUAUUACAAAUCAGUCACCGUUGGACCAUUGGUUGUUUGGAGUCUCCUCCUAAGCUUUAUCGCUCUCACUAUUAUUUUGUCAAACACACUUGUUAUUUUUUCAUUCAUCAAGUAUGCCAAAUUGCGCACGCGCACCAACUGCCUAAUAAUUAGCCUCGCUGUGGCGGACUUACUGGUCGGUCUCGUUUCCGUACCUGGUUGGCUAAUCCUUAUUCACAAAGAGGAAAAUCAAAGGUCUACUUGGUAUAGCGUUCUCAUGGAAAUAUGGUAUGUCUUUGAGAUCCUUAGCGGAGUGGGGUCCAUAUUUCAUCUAAUGGCUCUAAGCUGGGAUCGACUGUGUGCCAUUGUAUGGCCGCUGAAGCAUCGUUCAUACACUAAAACGAAAUAUCUGGUUAUAAUCUUCGUAGCUUGGUCAGUGGCAACGCUAGUGUCAGGGCUCUCUGUAACUGGAAAUAGGAAUUCGCCACAAGCGUACAACAUGACAGUUAUUUGCCUGUGUUUCUUCCUGCCUCUUGUUCUGAUCUUUUUAGCCCAAGGAAUAACUUUGGUCACUAUCAAACGCAACAUUGCUAAAUUUCACCAUAGCUCCAGCCUGAAGCGGGAUGUCAGAGCGACUAAAACAAUUCUUAUCAUGAUAGGCUUGUUUUUGAUUGCCUGGCUGCCAUUCUUUUCUUUGGGUUUGGUUCGUUUCAUACAAGACGACCACUCUGUAUUACCCGCAAACGCAAUCUUUGCAGUCAAAAUGUUGCAAUACAGUAAUUCACUUUUUAAUCCCAUUCUUUACGGGCAAAAGUUUCCAGAAUUCAGAAAAGCAUACAUAAUGAUUUUAUGUUCUGCCAAAAGUGAUGGUGACAGCGCACGGUUUGCAAUUUCUUCAUCAGUAAACACAAAUAACUUUGGAACUUCUUCGUCCACUAUUCGUGGGUUAUGUCCUCCUCCACAAAAUCUCUCACAGAUUAUUACGUGCCUUGAUAAGGCAGCAUGA